AAACGCAUGUUAUCAUAGUCUUAUUUUAAUCAUCCAUUAACAAUUGUUAACAAUUUGUAACUCAAUGUUCGAGAGACAUUAUUUUAAUAACAUAAAUAAAUUACUUGAUGUUUGUAUUUGUGAGACUUAAUUUAUAUAUUUUUUCCAUGCAAUCACUUGGUAUUCCCUUAGGUACCGGUUCUUGUUUAUAAAAAAAACUCGAUGGAAUUCAAGAAUUCACACGCAACGUGCACACAUAUGCUAGUAGCAUCUUACUAGUACUCGGUGGGGUCACUUCUUUUUUUUUUUUUUUUCAGUUCAAAAAAAAAAAAGCGACCCCACCGCAUUAAGGCAUCUACUUCAAUUUGUGUUUGUUUGUUUUUGUAAUAAUCUUAUCAAAACUCUAAAAGGUCAUAUCAGAGAAUGGUCAGCUUUGCUUUUCUUCUCAUUCUUCUAUAUAUUCAUCUAUAAAUACCUUCUCACACCUUCUCCAUUCUUCACACACAUCUAUAAUACAAAAAAAAUCAUCAAAACAGUUGCUUAAACUCUCUCAUAUCUUAAGUUGCUACGUUUUUGUUUGUAUUUUCCGAUACGUACCAUGGAUUGCAGAUCUAUGGAGUCAUCGGAAACCCUAAGGAACAAAUGCGCAGCUUGUUAUAAGCAAUUCAACAAAAUGGAACAUUUAGUGGAGCACAUGAAGAUCUCGUAUCACUCCGGUCAUGAGCCUACCUGCGGCGUUUGCAAGAAACAUUGCCGAUCUUUUGAGUCCCUCCGAGAACACCUCAUAGGGCCAUUGCCAAAACAAGAAUGCAAGAACAUUUUCAGCAUUCUCGGAUGCAGAUUCUGCUUGAUGAUCCUCGAAACCCCGAACGCUCGUAGGAUCCAUCAAGAGAGAUGCCAAUUUUCGAGCGUCAAUGCGGGAUUGACGACUCGUAUGGCGGCCUUAGGCAUAAGAGAUAAGGACAUGAUCGACUACACGUCGUCUAGGUCCCCAAAAGUGGUUGCACUUUCUUGCAAGAUGGUAGGAGGGGGAAGCGACGGGUCGCUGGAUCUAUGUGCAAGGGUUUGCAUAACGGAUGAGGGCGACAAUGUUGUGUUCCAUACGUACGUGAAACCGUCAAUGGCCGUGACGAACUAUAGGUAUGAAAAGACCGGCAUACGUCCGGAGAAUCUAAGGGACGCAAUGCCCUUGAAACAUGCACAAAGAAAGAUUCAAGAGUUUCUUUGUAAUGGAGAACCCAUGUGGAAGAUUCGUCCAAGAGGUGGGAAAGGGAGGAUUCUCGUGGGACAUGGCCUCGAUCACGAUCUUGACCGCCUUCAACUUGAAUAUCCUUCUUCCAUGAUAAGGGAUACUGCGAAAUACCCUCCCUUGAUGAAAACAAGCAAGCUGAGCAAUUCCCUCAAGUACUUGACCCAAGCCUAUCUCGGGUAUGAUGUUCAUGUUGGGAUACAAGACCCAUACGAAGAUUGUGUAGCGACGAUGAGGCUUUACACGAGAAUGAGAUAUCAGAAACACAAGAUUGAAGCUUAUCCUUUAGCUGCCGACGCGCACAACCGUAGCAAUCAAGUGGUUUGGAGGCAGAACGAGUUCGAGAGGAUGUCUCCUGAUGAAAUGCUUUCCAUCUCUCGCUCCGACUACUAUUGCUGGUGCUUGGACUCCCUCGCUUGAUUUCUGAAACUCUGGGGUUAAGUUGAGGAAUUUCACAUAAUAACUUCGUAAACUUUUUGAAGAUAAUAAAUUUAGUAGCGUAAUGUCGAAUAAGAAUCAGUUGUUAUUUUUAAUAUGUACUAGUAUAUAAAUUUUAUAGUAUGUGUCGUGUGAGACGCAUAUAAAUUGUUACUGUACUUGUAAUAAUGCAUUGCUUUUCAAUGAUUAAUUACUUUUAGUUAAAAAUUAAUUACUAAUUAGUACUUGUACAUCUCUGUUUGUUUUAGACUUUUAAUGCAUAUAAAAAUUAUGCAAAAUUUCUAUUUUUGGAACACACAUAAUACAACCGUAAGUAGUGAGACAUUUUUUCUCAAACAUGGUAUGCAUUAAAUAUAUGACUGUUAACACUAGGUAAUCGCACAGAACUCAUUUUAUAAAGAAAAAUAUGCCACAUUUUAUAUAAAUAUUUAGGAAAAAUACAAGUAUUACAUAAUUUUCUUGUAUGCAGUUUUAUUUCUUUACUGAUAAUACUAAAAUUCUAUGUUUUGUUAAUUUAUAGGUUGGUUGUAAUAAAAUUAUAAAUAUGUCAAUACUAAAUAAGAUAUAUGUCUUGUUAUCCGUUUAACUAAGUUAUUUAGAAAUAUCGAAACCAACUGAAUAUUUGAAACUAAUUAAAAAUUAAACACAUUCUAAUAUUACCAUUUACUAAGUUAAUAAGGUAAUUUAUAACGAUAACUCAAAUAUUCAUGAUUUAUUUGAAACCAUUUUAGACGUAUGUGGUCAAAAAUAUGAUUUGAUGGUAAUUUUUAGAUAUCUUCUUCCUUAACAUAUUUUUCUUAAAAUUGUGAAAGAUUUAUAAUAAAAACUCAUGGAAAAAAACUAUUUAUAGUUUUUUAAAAUCAUAUAUGAAUAAUCAUGACUUUCAGAUUAUAGGUAGUUAUUUUAAAAUGAUAUCUUUACAAUAUAUUUUGAAGAGACACAUCAUUACAAAAUACAUCAUAAUUAUAGAAAGGAACUUAUAACAUAUAUUGACAAUUUUUUAAAGAACUCCUUUGUCUUUUACAGUGGAAAUACAUAACUCUUUACAUUAAUUAAGAUUUCAAAUAUAUAUUUUAAAGAUGAGAAAACAUAUCUAAACAUUUUUCUUCAACUAUUUUUAACAUUUACAUGUUUUAAAAGACACAACAUUUGAUCAUUAUUUUUUUCAAUAGUUACAUGAUUGAGAAGACACAAUCUUUUGUUUCCAAUAGUUACAUAAAUGGGAAAACGUAACCUUUCAACAUUAAAUGAGAUUCCUAUUAUUAAUAUAGAUUAAACUACAACAUUAAUAGAAAAAUAACAGAGUUAAGUUAGAGGGUAAUUACUUUCUUGGUAAAAUGGCUAAAUAUAUUUCUUCAUGUGUUAUCUUUAAUUAGAUAUGAAUGUUUACAGAUUAGGAUUGACUACAAUACAAAGUGUCAUUAAGUCAAUUUAUGAUCGUCAUCCUCAGAUCCAUAUAUUAAAAAGUCAUAACAUACGUGAUGGUAAUCUACUAUUGUCGAAUUUGGCUUAAAAAGAGAUGUAGUCAAGGUCAAAGAAGCUAGUGUUACUUGUUUUGUGCUAUGAAGCCUGUGAUAUGAUACACAUUGAUUUCUCUUGAUGAUACUAGAUUUCAUGCAGAAAAAAUGUAUUGUCUGACGAAGAGAUACGUAUAUAUAUAUAUAUAUAAUGUUUUUAAGUACAUACAAAACUAUUUCAAGUGUGGAACACAAUUUGAUACAUUCAUUCCAUUUUGCAUGAAUAGUCCUCAAACAAAAUAACAUAUAUGACCAUUUAGUUCUUAUAUUGUUAAUCUCAAAUAUACGUAUUAAUUUGUUUUAGUAUUAUCUGUUAACCAAUUUUUUUUACGAGUUGCGACAGCUAUCAGCUAUGAUAUGUAUCGACCAUGUAAAAUUUGUUUUCCAAAAAUGUUUUGGAGGCAAGAGAAUUUCCAGUUACUUAUAACAUAUAUGAAAAACGAAAAUUGACUCUUAUUCCUUUUCCACAUUUUCACUUAAAGAAAUAAAAUAUCACCAAUUUUUCUCGAGAAGACACUGAUUUUCCCCCUUUACGGUUGGUGACUACUUAAUUUUGAUUGUGCAUGCAUAUUAACUCAGCAAACUUUCCUCAAAUACACAGAUUUAUAUCUGUAGCAUGUGCUAGUUAAUAUCUUUCUUAGACGAAAAAGGAGUUUGACUUUCACAGAUUGAGAACUAAAUAUAAUAUCGCAUCUUAGUACUUUUAGAUAAAUCACACGAAAGCUUAAAUUAGAAAAAGAAAACCAAUUGAAUAUUUGAUUAAUCCAAGAUGUAAU